UACACGAAGAUACAUCCGCGGUACGGAUGUAUUUUUUUCUUUUAAAUCCGAAGAAUUGCGAAAGAUACGUGAAUACUAGCGUGAUAUACGUUCGCGCGUUAUCAAGGCCGUGAUCAUGUUAUGGAGGGAGCAUCGAAUCGAGGGCACAGGCGACGGUACGUACCUGUGAUUUGUUGUCGGGGGCUACUUAUGCUCGAAGGAAUCGUGUAAGGUGGUCGCCAUUUUCGUUUCUCCGAGUCACGUGAAUAAUAAGCGUACCUCCUCGAACUAACGGAUUGUAUGCUUUCCUAAUCAAAACCAUCGAACAAUACUUGCACUUGUAUACCUUUGCGAAAUUCAUUCAUACGCGGACUAUCGUUCGGUGGUUCGAUGUAUCGAAUUUCGUUAGAAGUCCGCCAUGAAGAAGUAAACGUGGCGCUCCAGGUGGAAAAUAAUCGCGGUCGGGUAGCGGGGUGAGCAUACCGCAAGGCGAGUGGAAUGUCUGCGCACCUGGCCAGUGCGUCGCUGCUUUGACCUGCCUUUCCUUUCGCCUCCUUUAACCUGGCUGGCUGUUGGAUUUUUCGACGUAGGAACUGUACGACGUGUCGAUCGGCUAGUAUCGUGUAACUAGUUAAAAAAAUUUCUCGAAUUUAAAUCGUUCUGUGCAGUUUAUUGUGGGUUUGCACGUUUUUUAACGCGACAAUAUUGGUCUUUGUCGCGCCGCAUUUUCAACCGGCAGUCGUGCGUCUUCGUCGCGCCCAUCGCGUGAGUUCGCCGUGCGAGAAGCCGCGAUCACGGGAACGAACGAAGAGGGUCCCUAUAGCCAACGAGCGACGGGUUUCGAUGCGCAGUCGCCAGGUGAAGCAACAACGACGACGUGUGCGCGCAACGGUCGGGGUUGGACAGUGUUGCACGAAACCUUGCCACUCACGACGGCGGUCCGUCGACAGAGCCGCGCAAACAAAUAAUUCGCGGGUGCUGUCCGUUUGCGAAGUUUAUCGCAGCGAACUGUAUACCUGCGCAGAAACGUGGCGCGAGGGAUACAUUUACACACCUAUCAUAGGUUUGCGAUCUGGAUCAACAACGGUCGAUCCUUAACCUCAAUCACCGCGAUAGAUAGGCAACAUGUCGCGUUUCAACGACAACAGUCUGUGAACGUGUGAACGUAGUGCGGACGUGAGAUUCAGGUUCAGGUGUACGUUGACCCAGAAGUAGUGAGUAGUGUAUUGAACGAAACGGACGAGAGAAACGAAAGGUAAUCCUGGCACGAUGCAGACUACGGGAACAAGGGGACCUACUCACCUGGUCGCCCUUUACGUGGCGACAGCCGGUCUUCAGGGUAAUGCUCUUGGAUCUGACGAAGAGGAGAUCACGUUGUUGGUUUACGUGCUGAUCGACGUGUUGCAAAAUAAGGUGGUAGGAAGGCAGCAGUACAUUGUACGACCGAUGGUAAUGGACGAAAGUUGCACACCUGGAACCGGUAGCGACAAUCCGGCGGUUGCCGGAAGUAGCGGAAUCAUCAGCGAAGCAGCGCUGGCGCAUGCUCCGACGUUAACCGAAAGAACAGUUCGAGAACACGGCAUUUCUUUGGAGCAAGCUAUCAAACAGUUCGAAGCAUGGUGGUCAUCCAUGUCGUGCGUGACAUCCGGUUCCGCGCCACGUUUCGUCGUAGACGGCCAGGCGCCUAUGAGGCAAUGCUUGCAUCCAGAAGCGUGCAACAAAGAAAUCGACCUGCCUGAACAUUACACCCUCUUUCAUGACCUCCGUAAGGAAUUUGUUGCCUGUUAUUCCACCCAUGGAGAACUCGCGACGCUUGGAAUACAGGAGAUGCUGGAAUAUUUCGGUUUGCCACCGGACACCGAGAACGAAUAUCAUGUAAAAGAGAUACAGGAUAUGAUCUGUGUGAUACAGAGAAUGAUUAAAGAUGGGCACAUCUUCCAAAAUCCUGAAGUAGUUAAUAUUAUUUUAGAACCUGGUAUAUGCUCAAAAGAUGAAGAGGUUGAUAAUGGCUGUGUAGUAAGAGCACGAGGUCUUCCUUGGCAAUCUUCUGAUCAGGACAUAGCAAAAUUUUUUCGGGGCCUAAAUGUUGCCAAGGGUGGUGUAGCUCUGUGUUUAAGUCCUAUGGGAAGACGUAACGGCGAAGCAUUAGUACGAUUUGUUAAUAAAGAACACAGAGACAUGGCACUGAAAAGACACAAACAUCAUAUGGGAGGGAGGUACAUAGAAGUUUACAAAGCAUCUGGAGAAGAUUUUGUAGGUGUUGCUGGAGGAACAAGCGGAGAAGCUCAUGCAUUUUUGUCAAGAGGAGCUCAAGUUAUUGUAAGAAUGAGAGGCUUGCCAUAUGACUGUGUAGCCAAACAAGUGUUGGACUUCUUUUUGACAGGGCAAAAGCCUUGUCACGUAUUAGACGGAGAAGAUGGGGUUUUAUUUGUAAAGAAACCAGAUGGUAGAGCAACCGGAGAUGCUUUCGUUCUUUUUGCAAAAGAAGAAGAUGCUGUGAAGGCCUUGAGCAAACACAGAGAUUGCAUUGGCAGUCGAUAUAUUGAACUUUUUCGAAGUACGAUCGCCGAGGUGCAACAGGUUUUGAACAGGGCGAUUGACCCAAAACAGGUGGUACUUCCGACGCCACCCAUUCCGCAGCUUCCUCCUAUACUUCCACAACACAUUAUCACUUCCGGUACGCGUAAAGAUUGCGUUAGAUUACGCGGUCUGCCUUACGAAGCUCUCGUAGAGCACAUUCUCGAGUUCAUGGGCGAACAUUCUAAGAAUAUCGUCUACCAAGGUGUUCAUAUGGUUUACAAUGCUCAAGGUCAACCUUCUGGCGAGGCGUUCAUUCAAAUGGACAGUGAAAGUUCAGCGUACGCGUGUGCUUCGCAAAGACAUCAUCGGUACAUGAUAUACGGGAAGAAGCAGCGAUACAUCGAAGUGUUCCAAUGCAGCGGGGACGAUAUGAAUCUGGUAUUGACAGGUGCAGUAACUCCACCGUCAACCAAGGCUCUGCUAUCACCCGGUACGUUGACCACACAAAAUCCCGCAACAUUGACACAUCCGCCUCCGCCGACACCGGUACCGGUACCGGUGCCGACGGCGCAGCCACCCCUCUGGGACAUUCACGCGUUAGUACAGGCUCAAGCUCAAGCACAGGUGCAGGCUCAAGCGCAGGCAAUGCGAAACCAAGACUUUUGGCUAAUGGCGUUAGCCUCGAAUCCACCACCUACGUCCACCACUCCCGCCUCCCCAACUUCCUCCGCCACGACUAAGACGCUAGCUCUUCCCGGACACAAUCAUCAGCAUCAACUUCCUGCCUAUGCCAUGGCACCACCAUCGGCAGCUGCAGCCGCAGCGGCUGCUGCUGCGCUUCAUGCUCAGCAAUCCGCGCCGGCGCCUUUCUUACUUUUCAAUGUUCCCUCACGCAUUCCCAUUUUACGCGCACCAACGCCUCAUGGUCUGUUGACUCCUAUUGUUCAGGCUGCACCUAUCAAUCCGGCUGCUAUUAUGGGACUAAAGAGAACUUGGGAAAGUGCUUUCCCACCCGAUACACAGAGUACUGUCGCGAAACGCGCCACGUGGCAUACACCGGCGACCGCGUUCCACGCGCAACCUCCAACCGCCGCACCAGGUUUGCCUUAUCCUGCUCAAUUUUAUCCACAAAUUUGAUAGAUCGAAUCACUGCUACUUACAGCAGUUGAAACGAACCAGAUGAGACUUUGUACGUUCUCUGUGUCAGCUGAAUUUCUCAGCCGACUAAACAAGAAAAGUCCAGUGUCCGUAGUUCGUUCCAUCGUAUCUCUAUUCAUGAUCCUUGCAACGAGAGGUUGUGAUUUUUAAGACAUUUAUUUCUUAUGUUGUGUUAUUACAACAGACCAUUUAUUUUUCUACGAGUGUAGAGAGUACAUGCUUUUAUGUUUAUUAUAGUUUUAAACGACACAUUCCAUAUGAUAUUCCGAGCAAACUUCUUUUAUAUCGCUACAUCAAUACCAUCACCGUUUUGCCUUUUGCCCUUGAACCCUUCCUUGAGUGUACACGUAAUCGUUUCAGAGUUGUUUUCCAUCUUGAUACUUACAUUGAGCAACAGUACUUAGCGUGUUUCUAUAAUAUAUGUUACUUUUUUACGUAACAUGCAAGUGUUUUCGACGGUCACGGUACUUUUUAGAGAAUACAUAUAUCACGGUACGUGAUCGUAUCUAUAUAUAUAUAUUUUUUUUUUGUUAUAAAGGCCCUUGUGUGGCGUAUAAGAGUAAUUCCUCUCGCAUAAUCACACAAGAGGCGCAGCAAAGUGCCUUAAACGUAAACGCGACUAAGGACUUUAUUUUUCUUUCUUUUUUUUUUUUUAGAAAUUCGUGAUUUAUAUGCGUAUGUAAAUAUAUACAUAUAAAUUUAUAUAUAUAUAUACAGAUAUCUAAAUAUAGACGUAAUUAAAUUUAUACAUAAGAAUGAUUUAUAUAUAUUUUGCUAAAAAUAUUUUUAUUAGCGUGUAAGUAAAUGGACAUUCCAUCCACUGUUAUGAAUUUUCUUUUUAAAAUCUAUUCUUUUUUUCGACGAGUAAUUCCUUCCUUACGCGGCAUCUACUUUACGCACGUCUAAACGAUAAGAAAAUUAAAAUUACAAAAUGAGCCUGCACUUACAUUGCAGUUUCAAGCUGAAUGUAUUAUCAUAUUUGGUAUGCAACUGCAAUGCGCGCGAGCUUCCUGAGCCGAUGGGCAGUCCAACGGGAUGGACAAAUUGCCACGACGAAGAUUGACAAAUCCAUUUCUAGCCCUCAUCACAUUCCCCGAGAGGCGUUAUUAACACGCGUAUCUGUGUCGCGUUAAUUAAUCACAGAGAAUGGUACUCGAACUUCAUACAGGAUAACCGAUCCGAGACUGUUUUUACCUGAACGUUCUUCAGUAGUGCAAGUACCGUUCCAUUAAAUGGAUAGUUGCGUUGACGUUACGAGGGUUUGGUAAACGAUACAAGGCAUAAGAAAGAAGUAAAGAUUGUCUGUAGCUUUUGCUGUGAAUUAAUUAAUUAAUUACCAUUUUUUUCUCGUGUCAGUAUCGUUUGCCAAGCCUUAGGUAGCUUGUGAUGUUGUUUAACUUGGUGUCGGCGGUGUUCACAAUUCUCGACGCUCUUCCACGGCCUUAAUAAUAUUUGUGAUAACGUGUAGUUGGUGGAAAAACGAGAACUGCUGCAGAAGAGACGUGCCGAGAGGCCGAUAUUGAGUGUACUUUGGAAACAACAUCGUUGUAUACGUUUCGCCGUCGAACGAUGAUCCCUUUAGUUUUCUUACUGUCACGGCUAUAAAAAACAAGAGCUUGUUAACAUACAAAUGUCCAUGUAAUCGCGAGGUUCGCUUUAGCCUUUCGUCCUUUCCACUUUUCUUUUUUUUUUUUGUGUGUUGGUUUUUUCUGUACGCUCGAUCUCGGUGUUUUAACCCGACGUGUGUUGUCGUUGAUUACGACACGACUUUUUCUUGCCACGUUUUUCCUUUUUUCUUAUAUUUAUGUAUACACACUCAGAUAGUAUAAUAUACAAGGUGUUUGUGAUCUAGUAGCAUAACCGGACUGCGGAUAAAUCUACAUGAAAGAGUGAUAUUUUUUUAAAAAGCCCGCCAUAAUUUGGGGAAACGUGUGGCGCCGUCUGCUGUUUGGUGCUAAAAAUGAGCUUUUCGGUAUCGCCGAUAGGGAGCGCAAAAAAUACAUUAAUUUAUAGUUCUCUUUAUUAACAUCGGAGGGCGCUAUUGGGCGGUCUUUUUUAAAAUUUAAAAAUGUCGAACUUUUUCAUGUAAAUUCAUCUUCCGGGCUGGUUAUACCACCAGACCGGAAACUCUCUGUAUGUGAUACGUGUACAAGUAACGUGAUAACGAAAGGAAUUGUUCGACCACGGUGAAACGGCACGAAACGCACAAUUAAUCGUAUUAAAGUCCACGGGCAUAGAAAUGACUGGUUUGCAUGUCGUGGUUUUGUGGAGGGACGUGCAUACAAGUACCUGUAAUAUCUUUUCUCCGUUACCUUCGUUCGCGAGACGAGAAGAUUACAUAAACGCGCUUUUUUUUUUCUUUCCCUUUAGUACGUAACUAGACGUUCAUUAUAUACGUUAGUCGAUCUUCUUGUUUUUAAUCUUCCAAUCGUUAUUUCUUUCUUUCCUCCUCAAUCGUUUUACAUUCCCUGAACUGCCAAUAAAUGUACACCUGCCCGUUGAUUAUAUUAAUUAAUUCAAGGGAUAAGUGUACGUUUCUUGUAACAAUUUUCUCGUACUAUGACGCGUAAUCCUAUAAUAUUCUCGCACAAAGCCUCUCUCUGUUUUCGACAGGAUACGGUAGCGUGUUACAUAGAAUCGUGUAGUAGUACCUUGGUAUACACCUAGUCCUGUUUUGUUCGUUACAAUUGCAAUGUAAAAUAUGCACGGCACUCUAUACGAAGCAAAUUCUUAUUUCAAAAGCAAAUUUAGAUAAAUAUAAUGACGAGCCUUCAGUAUUUGAGCCGUGCACAUUUUGUAUUUCAAUCUUACAGAUGUAACUCGAGAAUCGGGUAUUAUUGCCUGCCGAUAUUAUUUACAUCGGGAUUACGCUUCCUGAUUCGGCUUCACAUAGCAUUAAUAGACAUCCUAGAGACUAGAUUUCGCCGGGACGAUGCGAAAUGGAGCCAUAUAUCCAUUUCGCAUCCUCCCUAUGGGGCCGCAUUUUGGUGUGUUUUAUAACGUGAAUAAACAAAUGUAUCGGUCGAGAAUGUCGGGAAGCUUUACAUGUCUCAAUUUGCUUCGUUCGUUCCGUACACUUUUUGAUCAGUAUGAAACUUUGCUCGAGUAUAUUAACUCUUCCAGCACGAUGAUGGCCUAUGAACGCUCACAUAUACGACCAUAUUCCAAUAGAAUAAUAAUUUUCAUAAGUUUUCGCAGCUCUAGAAUAUAGGUUUUUAAUUUUAUAUUCACAGUCAGAUUUUCAGCUGAUCCUCGCACCGGAAGGGUUAAACGCAAAUGUCCCGACACUCUCGACUCCCGCACAGGUUCCUCUAUUCGAUAUACUAUUAUGACUAUCAAUAACUGCGGCCUGUAUGGUGUACGUAAGAUGCGCAUUCUCGUACGAACGAGAUACACGUGCAUUGGAUAACGUUAUGCAUCAAUAGACCAAGUGACUAAGAACGAGUCUAUUUUGGUCUGCUGAUGUGUAACACAGUGAUACUGCUCCCAACAGCGGCAAUAAAUCAUUCUAGCUUCGCUAUUAACCCUCUGACCCGAGUCACAAUCGUAGCUUCGAAAAUGAUUAGAAUUUGGAGCUGUAGUUUCGUUGAUUACAUUCAUUACAUUUUCAGUGUCGGGUCGAAGGGGUUAAGUAUGUCGCAAAUUAAUUCCAUUUCUUCAUCGUAGAGCCGCUUGAUACUAUUGAUGCAUAAUGUCGUCCGAAUUUUGUGUAUUACCUGCCAUUAGCUUUCGCUGGGCACUCACACGAGCCGUAUUAUACACUUAUCCUCCACAUGGUACAGUUACGCGCAAUGAUCUUUCUUUACUGAAGAGAAAAUGUAGAAAGUUGUUUCCUAUCAUUUGUCUGAUCCGAUUUUAUUUCUUAUGGCAGAAGGGGUAAAUGGUUGGUAGGGUACUAAAGUCUAAGUUACACCGGUAGAUUAAAUAGUACGAGUAUACUAGCGCUAUCCACCUCUAGUAUACUUCGAAGGGUAUCUUCUACAUUUCUCUUUAACUAAGAAAACCUUUAAUUGCCCAUUACUGUACAGGUGGAAGGGCAAGGGAGAGAGUGAGUGAGAGGGAGUGAAAGUGAGCAGGGAGAGAACGAGUGAGAAAUGUAGCAUUUACUUAGACUGUAUCGUACUAACUCUCCAGUGCUCGUCACCAUUAUCAAAAUUAUCCCUCUCAUCCGUUGAAUGUGUUGUCUGGUAUCUUGUGAUCCGCUAACCUGGUGACUGACAAUGUGUCGUCCCUCUUUUGCAAAUUACAUCUUAAUUAAUCAUCAUCUGAAUGUCAGGUAAAGACUCGGAACGCAAUUUCAGAAGUCUCUAAAAAUUAUCGAGAAACGAUACGCAUAACGAGUUUACGGCUAAUCGUGAUUGUCCUGGCGAAAGUUAAUCAUCAGGCACGUUUUCGUGCAUACUUGCUCGCGAUGUAACGGGAUUAUGUUCAAUUAUCGAUUGCGACAACUUUUCUCACUUUUAUUUUUCUUUUUUUUUUUUAUUUUCUAUGUUUCUUUAUCCCUCCCUCCACUCGAGUUACGAGAAAACGUGUUUUUCCGAUUGCGUUUCACCUAUACUGGGAUGUAGGACAUUCACGCACACACACACUGACCCAAUACACACACACACACACACAUAGAAGUAUAUAUACCGAUCUUUUUUUACCCCUUGUAUACACACUUUUUUUCUGUAUAUCGACGAUUAUAUAUCGAUGGUGAAUCGAUCAUGUUUAAUAAAUGUGCCUUGUGGACAUA